GGGGACACGCCGGUUUAUAAGGCGGGAGCGGCCGCCGCGCGGGUGCGGGAGGCGGCGGCUCUGGCGGCAGCGGGACUCGAACCCGCUGAUUUCGGAUGCGCCCGGCCGCCACGGCGGGGCCGCGGCCACCCAGGGGCCAUGGAGCUGCCCACGGCGCUGCCCACGGCUGCCGGUACCGCCUGGGGCAACGGCUCCGCCUGGGCCCCCCUGCCCGGCCAGGGGGCCAACGACACGGGGCCACCGCGGGCCAAGAACGCCACCUCCAUCCUCAUCGCCAUCGUCAUCACCGCGCUCUACUCCGUGGUGUGCGUGGUCGGGCUGCUGGGCAACGUCCUGGUGAUGUACGGCAUCGUCAGGUACACCAAGAUGAAGACAGCCACCAAUAUCUACAUCUUCAACCUGGCCCUGGCAGAUGCGCUGGCCACCAGCACACUGCCCUUCCAGAGCGCCAAGUACCUGAUGGAGACCUGGCCCUUCGGGGAGCUGCUCUGCAAAGUUGUGCUCUCCAUUGACUACUACAACAUGUUCACCAGUAUCUUCACCCUCACCAUGAUGAGUGUGGACCGCUACGUCGCUGUGUGCCACCCAGUCAAGGCCCUGGACUUCCGCACACCAGCCAAGGCCAAGGUCAUCAAUGUCUGCAUCUGGGUGCUUUCCUCCCUCAUCGGUGUGCCCAUCAUGGCCAUGGCGGUCACCAAGUCAAAAGCAGAUGGGAUGGUGCUGUGCACGCUCCAGUUUCCUGAUCCUCCCAUCUACUGGGACACCGUGACCAAGAUCUGUGUCUUCAUCUUCGCCUUUAUGGUGCCCAUCUUGGUCAUCACCAUCUGCUAUGGGCUGAUGAUCCUUCGCCUGAAGAGCGUCCGCCUCCUCUCGGGCUCCAAGGAGAAGGACCGCAACCUGCGGCGCAUCACGCGCAUGGUGCUGGUGGUGGUGGCAGCCUUCAUCAUCUGUUGGACACCCAUCCACAUCUUCGUCAUCGUCUGGACGCUGGUGGACAUAGAUAAGAAGAACCCCUACGUGGUGGCCAGCCUGCACUUCUGCAUUGCCCUGGGUUACACCAACAGCAGCCUCAACCCCGUCCUUUAUGCUUUCCUGGAUGAAAAUUUCAAGAGGUGUUUCCGAGAGUUUUGCCUGCCUUUCCGAGCCCGCGUGGACCAGAACAGCUUCUCCCGUGCCAGAAACACCACGCGGGAGCGGGUCUCCACCUGCACACCUUCCGAAGCUCGCAACAAGCCAGCAUGACUAGACGUGGGCAGCUUCCAGCGGGGCUGCCGGGACCACGGAGGGGACGACCUGCGCUCAGAAGUGACCCAGGUCACCACCACGGAGCUCUAGCAGGGUGGUGACCUGGGUGCUGCUCGAUAAUGCCGCUGGGUUUAAGUUCAGACUGACAGCAAGUGACUGCAAAGACUUUUUUCAUCCUGGAAAACCAGGGAUGGGGGAAUCGGGACCCCCCCAGGCAAUGUGGGGAGAGGACCAAAACAAGAGGCAACCUGGGCAGGGCUGCUCUGCUGCUGGUCCCACCGCGGCUGGGGACAGUCGGCAGCCCCGUACACCCAACGAGGGCUGUCACCCUCCAACACACGGCUACUGGCAAAGCCUACGCAUCCUGGGACGCCGUGACUGCAAUGACCACCUGCUUCUCCUGCGUGGGCCAAGGUAGCACCACAGCCCGUGGCAAGAGGGGAAACGCUCCCCUGGCAGAAGCGGACUGUGCCAGGGGGUGAUGCCACAUCACGGGGCCUCGCUCCAUCCCCCUCUGAGCUGUGUCUGGUUGUUUUUUACAACCAGAGAUGGGAAGAGAAAACAACACCACUUCAGAGACACUGUUAUCAAAGAGCCCCAGAUCCACAGGAAAAAAUUUACUGGAGUUCUUCAAACAGGGACUGCCUCCAGAGGACAACUUUCUACUGUUAACGUCAUUACUGUAUUAUUUAGAGACCUCUGGCUGCAGCCAGGGCAGCCCCAGACACAGAUGUGAUAAUGGGAAUAUGGAUACACGGCCAGGGGCUGGGUAGAGGGAUGGAGCAGGACACAUCCCAAGCCCAGCCGGUGUCCACGUGCCAGUGCCAAGUUCCCCUGGCCCAGCAUCCAUCAGGGCGACAGGGAAACCACUUCCUCAUCCGUCUGCCUCCGAAGACAUUAAGGCUGAGAAAGAUCUCAUUAAGGGAGCAAUUCAUGGGAAUUUGAGGAGUUUCUCGCAGUGCUAAAGCAAUUAGGAUGGACUAACGGGCGGCGCUGGGAGGGCUCUCUCCCCUGCCUGCCAGGUGAAGGAUGAGCAGUAGCACUGCCCCAAUUUCCUUUAGCAAAGCCAAAAAGGAUAGGGUUUUUUUUUAGAAGAAGAUGGGAAAAACAUCACCAUCAUUUCAUGAUUUCCCAAGCAAAGACAGAUGUCAUACAAGCACUGGGAAAGGACCCACCACCCACAAGAGGCACAGAUUUUGGGAUUUCAUGCUCAGCACUCAUCUGGUUGGAGCAGCCAUCCCUCCGAAGAGGCAGCCGAGCUCCGAGGCAGCACAUCCUGCGGGAGCCACCGGCCAGGGACCUCUGGACCACAUUACCUGCUGCUAAACGAUGACUGAUGGGUCCUCGCAGCCUUCCGCUCACUGAAUCUCCCGUGCUGGCUGCCAGCAGCAUCCGGGAGCCACGACUUUUCCUUCCUCUCACCUUCCCACCACUGUGGCUGCAACUGGGAGGUCAAACAGCCGGAAGAGGAGGAGGAGGCGGUGGCUCGGAGGGAGCCAUAAUAGCAUUUAUUGGACAAAUUGAUGCAGCUGGAGGAAGCAGGCGAGUGCCUGGGUGCACCUGGGGCUCGUGGGCUGGAUGGAGAGCCUGGGCUGCAUCUCUGGUUUUUCCAGUUGCAUCAAUUUAGCCUAAUAAAGGCCAUUACCUCUCCUUACCAGCCCUACCUUUCUCCAGAGCCUGUGGAAAUUGCAGCCUCCCUGUUAGGAAGGCAGAGACGAUGAGGCAGCCAAAACCAAUUUCUCUUUCAAAGGAACCAAAUAAGGUGAAAUUGCCCAUCUGGAUCUCGAAUCAAUUGCUGCCGAAGCACACGAGCCAUCCCCUUGUCUGCCUGCCCCUGUCACCCUGCCCCGAGCAAAAGCAUCUGGCUUGGUGUUACGUCAGCCUGGAGACCUCCAGCUCCCGCCCAGGGCUCCUCUGGAUCCCUUUGCAGGCACGGAUGGAGUCCUGGACCACCAGCAGAGCCACGCUUGGUCUCCUCGUCCCCUGCCACUGCAAGCCUGGCUGCUUGUGGAGCAUGGAGCAUCGGGUGCAGGAGGGCGAGCAGGACAGGCUCUGGGGCAGGAACUGGGGGAGACCCCCAGGGUCCUACGAGGCUGAGCUUCAGCUCCAUGGGAAGAGAGACUAAGGUGUCCAGAAGGAGUUGGAGACCACCUUUCAGCUCUCCACCUCCACCCACCCUGGGGGCAAAGCCCUCAGCAGCAUGUGGUGGGAACGGCUCUUGGUCUGGAGCUGGUUCAUGGUGAGGUCUUGGCAAUGGUGGGGGUCCCACCAGGGCUGGGUGUCCCCGCAGGGGUGGAAUGUCCCACUCUGGACCAGGACAUCUUGGGUUUCACUCCAGGAUUCAGCAUGAAGCUGAAUUCCAGCUUGAUAUCUUAAUCUGGGGGGUACCCCCAAAAAUUUGAUGACUCAAAAUCAUUGACCUCUUCACUCACCUUGGCCAGUGUCUCAGUGUCUCCUAGAGAUGCCAACCCCAUGAUCCAGGCCGGUAAAGGCACGAAGGACAGCAGAGUUCCCAACCACAGCAGCAGUGUUGCUGAGAGCACAGCGAAGAAACUGGGGGACACGGGGGAGACGAACCCCAUCAACUGUGGAUGGGGCAUCUCUGCCCCAGCGCAACAUGCUGUCAUGUUGGGGGGGUCCAAGCUGCAAGUGCUGGGGGCUGCAGGAUGGCUUGGGACUCCACAGGCAGCUUGGCCACCCCCCAAAUCUCAGCCACCCCAUUCCCCAUCCCCACGGGGCCUUUUUUCCAUCUGCCAAAUUCUCAGCUUGCUGGGACAUGUGCCUGCAAUGGCCUUAAAGCAGGUUAAAAGGCUUCAAGCCAUUAUUUUUUAAAUACAGCCACGCUUGGGCAGAACUCGGAGCCCAGGACACGGGAUCGUGGCUUUUCUUAGCUUAGGUUUUUCUGAAGAAUAAUAAAAAGGAAUAUUCCUGGGGGAAAAGGGGAUGCUGAUGGCAAACACUGUGCCGGAGCCCUUGCAAUGACACAGCCCCAGAGCAUCACCCACCUGCUUGUUCCAGCAGCAUUUGAGGGCUGGUCUGGCCUCUCCCCACAACAGCAACCCCCCCCCAGCUCCACCAGCCCCUCGUUCAGGCUGGGAGCACAGGGUCAAAUCCUGACCCAGGGAAACACCACUGGGAGCUUCUAUCUGCCCGUGCAGGGCCGUGCCGCAGCUGGGAUGCUUGGAGGGCACUCUGUGUACUUAUAUAUAUAUUUAGAUAUAUGUAUAUCUCUCUGUCUAUAGCUGUAUGAAAUUCAAGUGACCCCAGGUCACCCCAGCCCACCCUGCUAUAGCAGACCCUGCUACUCUGUGUGAUGGAGCUCGGGCUCCUGCCGGGUCCGCAGCACCGACUGGGACCUCGCAAAGAGCUUCAGCUGGUACCUCCAGCUCCAGCCCUCGCGAUUCUGGGCUUUUGAUGGCAUUUCUGUAUAGGAACGAUGCUUUCUAAAAAACUAAAUAAAACAAGAGAUAGCAAACAGUUUCCAGCUCUCGACUCUCAGGGUGAUGUUC